GGGUCACCCCGCGGCGCCGCCCACGAUUGGCGGAGAGCGGCCGGCGGCCGAGCGGCGCGUUCCGGGGCGGGAUGAAGAAGGAGCAGGUGCUGCAUUGCCAGUUCUCGGCCUGGUACCCGCGCUUCCGCGCCUUCACCAUCCGCAGCGCCGUUCUUCCGCUGCCGCAGAAUGUGCAGGAAUAUUUGCUGGAUGACGGGACACUGGUAGUUUCAGGGAGGGAAGAUCCCCCAACACAUUCCCAGGAAGAUAGUGUUGAAGAUGAGGCAGAGGAAAUACAGUGGUCAGAUGAUGAGAGUACUACAACACUUAAGGCACCAGAAUUUCCUGAAUUUGCACUUAAAGUUCAAGAAGCAAUCAGUUCCCUUGGAGGCAGUGUUUUUCCUAAACUCAACUGGAGUGCUCCAAGGGACGCCUACUGGAUAGCAAUGAAUAGUUCUCUGAAGUGCAAAACUCUCAGUGACAUCUUCCUACUCUUUAAGAGUUCAGAUUUCAUUACUCGUGACUUCACUCAGCCAUUUAUUCACUGUACUGAUGAUUCCCCUGAUCCUUCCUUGGACUAUGAGCUUGUCCUUCGAAAAUGGUGUGAAUUAAUUCCUGGUGCAGAAUUCAGAUGCUUUGUCAAGGAGAACAAGCUUAUAGGUAUCUCCCAGAGAGACUACACUCAGUACUAUGAACAUAUCUCUAAACAACAUGAAGAGAUCAGCAGAUCCAUAGAGGAGUUCUUUCAGAAACACAUACAGUAUAAAUUCUUGGAUGAAGAUUUUGUGUUUGAUGUGUACAGAGACAGCAAGGGUAAAGUGUGGCUAAUAGAUUUUAACCCCUUUGGUGAAGUAACAGACUCGCUGCUGUUUACGUGGGAAGAAUUAACGUCUGGGCAGAACGUGAAAGGUGACCACGGUGAAGGGGAGGCUACGGAGCAGGACUAUCCAGCUUUCCGUUGCACAAACAGCGGAGUUACCGUCCAGCCUAGCCCUUACCUGAGCUACGGGCUGCCCAAAGAUUUUGUAGAUCUUUCUACUGGAGAAGAUGUCCACAAAUUAAUAGACCUUCUCAAACUGAAAAGAAAUCAACAAGAUGAUGACUGAGAGAUCAUGAAAUGCUGGAUGAAAUUUUAAGCGAGAAAUGUGGCUAGAUUUUUAGACUACCUGUUAAACAUCAACUUAAAGAAAAUCUGCUUUUUGUAUUCAGUGAAAGAAGUGAAGAGCUGCCAAGCCUAUUUGUGUAUUAGUUUAAUAAAUAUAAAAUCUAGGAAAUGUUUUUCUCAUGGCAACGUGGUAUGCUGGCUUAUUGUGUGUUCUACGCUCUUUCAGUGCUUAAUUAGGAUCAUAGGAUAGUAGGGCUGAAAGAAACCUCAUGAGAUCAUUUUGUUCAAGCCACCGCUCAAGGUGGGAUCAGCCCGGCCAGGCGUCUCUUCCAGCAUGCUCUUGACGACUUCCAGGGAUCGAGAGUCCACAACUUCUCUAGGUGGCCUGUUCCAAAUGCUCGACCAUCCUCACAGUCAGGAAGUUCCUCCUGCUCUCCAAUCUACACUUUAUCUGCUGCAGCUUGAGGCCAUUUUUCCUAGUCCUAGAGCAAUGGCUUCAAGCUGCAGCAGAGAAAAUGUGCUGUGUUACUAUCCUGAUGCAAGCAAGCAUAUCUACAUUUGGACAUAAGUAAUUGAGUCCCUGGUUUUUAGCCUGGGAGCACCCGCACCAGUGAGGGUCACUUCAAACUGUAAGACUUUGCUCACUCAAAUACAUCCCACAAAUAGAAAAUACAAAAUGUCAGCUAUCCUGUGUAUUUAAUCACAUGGUUUUAAAGUAUAAUCUGUUGGUAAAAGAAUACAGCAAUUUGCAGUCUUUCCUAUGUAAUUUUUUAAUGGUAAGUAUCCAUGUUGAGAUUUCUCUCGUUAAAGUCAUCUGCUGGUAAAUUGCUCAGUUAAGGAUUUUAGUCAUUUGAAAUUCUGAAAUCACUUUGAAUGAAGUAAUAUUCUUCUCAGACUGCAACUAUAGUCAGGAGAUGUGCAAGGUCCAGUACUUCAAAAACAAAUGUGAUAAAUAUGCUGAAGGAAUAACAUUUAUUUUCAAAUAUCUCAUCCACAGCUGAUGGCUUAAAAAUUAUAUAAAAUAGCCUCAUAAUUUUGUGUGGGUCUGGUUUUUCUGCUGUCGCAUCCACUCACUGGCUUCUCUGAGAAGAUGAUCUGUUUCAUAAUUAUGAUGGAUUCUGGAUUCAUUUGACACUUUAACCCUUUCUGCUAAUAAGAGGAAUCCUGUAAACUGGCCAAGAAUCUGGAAAACCUGUGUUCUUUACCCAGCUUUAUCAGCUUGCUCACUUUAAAACUUUUGCAAGUUACUUAGAUGGAAAUUUAGGGUCAACUGAUUUUGGGGCAUCUCGGUUUUUGGCUACCCAGCUUUACACCUUGAUGCUGAUAAUCGGAGGUUACAUACACAACUCCUGAUGAGGUGAAUGGAAGUGCAGUUCCUAGUCACCUCUGAAAAUUGGAACCUCCUGCAUCUCAUGCUGAGCAUCCAACAAUUAAUGCAUCUUUUCAAGUCCAGUCCUUUGCUUCUCUGUGCAUGGCUUUCUCUGUAAAAUGGGGAUGACUCUUAAAGUAAAAAACUAAACACGGAAAAAAGGUCACUUCUCAUCCCUAUGCAAUUUCAGUUUUGAAAGACCACUUGUGGCUGAAGAUUAUAUGGAUAAUGAACAUGUUCUGCUUUAUGCAGUUAUCAAACUUGAUGCUUGUGCUCCUUGAAAUAGCUGAAUUAACAGGUGCUCUUGCAGUCUGCAAUUAUAAAAUGUGUUUUCCUUCCUUACGAAACUGCAAGGAGAGCUUAGGCAUACAUGUGUUGAGGAUAGUCCAAAUGGAGGGCAUCCUACCUUGGAGCAGGCAGUUGAAUUAGACAAUCAGUUGAGAUCCUUUUCAGGGCUACAUUUAAUUCAGUGAGAAGUUAAUCUUUCAUGCUUUAAACGGCAUGUGUAGGAAUCUCGUAAAAUUUAAGGGAACUUUUAGAACUUACGAAAGUAUUAAAGCCAGAGAAAGAACUGUUGUCAUCAUCUAAUCAGACCCUCCUGCACUACCCUGCCGUCUUAGGUGAAAUCCUAUGUCAAGUCUGAUUCCUGGUGAAGCCUAGUGGUGGAGAAUCCACUACCUCCCAGUAGCAAGAUCCAGCAUUUUAAUGAUCCUUUAUCACAGGUCCCCAACCUGGACCCUCACCAGAUGCUCUGUAUGGGUCCCACCAUGGUUUGUGUUGCUGUUUCCUUCUUCCUCUGCUUAUCCUGAGGUUAUAGGAUGACUGCUAUAAUAAAAUGUCUCUAUUCCUCUC